CUAUAACGGUACACAUGUUGCUGUCGGAAAACGCGAGCGGUCCAAGUGGAAAUGUAGCCCAAUCCGUUCGCUUCAGGGUUUCCAUUUAAAGCGCUCCCUCGCACAAACACACUGACACACACGUACUAACUAAAACGCACACACUCUCGCAACGUUACGCACACCAACGCGCAUUCGCACCCACACAAGUGUACUCGGCUCUCGAAUAGCGCACCUAUACAGGCGCACAAGUGUACGGUGUAUCCGUAUCUGUAUUCAAUCCGUUCAGACGGCGUGUCUGUGGCUCAUUAGAAGCAAACCAGCCAGUAGAACUGGCCAGAAAAACAAAACUAAUUCCUAAUCCAAACCAAAAUCGAAAUCAAACAAAGCGAGGCAAACUAAAGCAGGGCAAUAAAAACAACAUGGAAUAUUGAAUGAAAUCGGCUGGCAUAUAUGCACAUACAUUAGCAGCUAAAGGACAGCCAAUCACCUCCGUUCGUCCACAAACUCCGCAUCAUGGAUGAAAGUGCGAUAAUCUAUCAAUGGCUAUGAGAAAGGUCAAAGAAAAAGUCUUAGCAAGCGAUAAGUUUGAGUAAAAGAGAAAGCGAAAAUCAUGCAUCACGAGGAGACGUACCAAGUAGUUUGCCGACUGAUUGAAGAGGAGGACCUGGACGAUCGGGAGCAGGAUAACCGGAGAAGUGGCUCACGGCCCCAUCCCUUCCCCAGCUCGAAUGCCUGGAGGCAGUUGCUCCUCCCCCUGCUCAUGCUGUCUGGGAUCGGCCAGGUGUUCGGCACAUACAUAGAACAGGAUGAACUCAUGCAGAAUCUGGACCGUCCGGUUCCUCUGACCACCGUACAAGGAGUCCUUGGGCGGCAGGCCAUGCUACCUUGCGACAUCUCGCCGCAGGAGCGGGACGAUGCCGUUUACAUGGUCCUUUGGUUCCGCGAGGGCGAUGGCGAACCCAUCUACAACUUCGACGUUCGAGGGCGGCAGUUUGGACAAGCGCGUUUGUGGUCAUCGCCCUCGGCCUUCGGCACUCGCGCCCACUUCAGCAGCACCACCCACCCCGCCCAGUUGAAGAUCGACAACAUCCGGAUCGAGGACGAGGGCGUCUACCGAUGUCGCGUCGACUUCCGCAACUCGCCCACCCGGAACCUCAAGAUCAACCUCACCGUCAUCGUCCCGCCGGACAAGCCCAUCAUCUAUGGCCAAAACAGGCACGAGAAGGCCGGAAACGUGGAGUCCUUCAACGAGGGCAACGACAUCGUCCUGUCCUGCGAAGUUUCAGGAGGACGGCCGCGACCCAAUGUCACCUGGUACUUGGACAACGCGGCGAUAGACGAGUCCUUUGAGCAGCGGCCCGAUGGCAAGACAAUUAACCACCUGUCCUACCCGAAUGUUGGCCGGCAGCACCUGAAUUCGCGGCUAAUGUGCGUCGCCAGCAACACCAACUUGACGCCCCCCAACAACAAGGUCGUCAUCCUGGACGUGAAUCUGAAACCCAUUGCCGUGCACAUCCUCACCAAGGAUCGGUUCGUCUCGGCGGAUCGCACCUACGACGUGGAGUGCAAGAGCUCCGGAUCGAAGCCCCCGGCCCUGAUCACCUGGUGGAAGGGCAGCAAGCAGCUGAAGAAGCUCACCAAGAACUUUAAUGAACCCGAUAAUCAAUCUCUAAGUAUACUGACGUUUACGCCCGGACGCGAGGACGAUGGCAAAUAUUUAACAUGUCGGGCGGAAAAUCAAUUCAUCGACGGCAGCGCCAUCGAGGACAAAUGGCGACUCAUUGUCCAUUACCAGCCGACGACCACGCUUAAGAUUGGCUCCUCGCUGAAUCCCGACGACAUCAAGGAGGGCGAUGAUGCGUACUUCGAGUGCAUUGUGCUGGCGAACCCGAAGCCCUACAAGAUGUCCUGGUUCCAUAACGGCAAGGAGCUGCAGCACAACAUAUCCGCGGGUGUCAUCCUGUCGGAUCAGUCGCUGGUGCUGCAGAGCGUCUCACGUGCCUCGGCCGGCGACUACACCUGCCUGGCUGUCAACUCGGAGGGCAAGGGCCCCAGUAAUCCGGUCACAUUGCGCAUACGCUAUGCCCCGAUUUGUGCCACCGACCACGAGGAGCUCUUGGGAGCCCUCAAACACGAGACCCUGCCCCUGAAAUGUGAGGUGGACUCCUCGCCGCCGGCGGACUCCUUCCACUGGACCUUCAACUCGUCCGGCGAGCAAACGGAAUUGCCAGCCCGUCUGCACUCCAGCGAGACCGGCAUGUCGCGAUUAAACUACACACCCAGCACGGACCUCGACUACGGGACGAUUUCCUGCUGGGCGAAGAACUCCAUUGGCACGCAGAAGAGUCCCUGCGUGUUUCAAAUUGUGGCAGCCGGUCGGCCGUUUCCCCUGCAAAACUGCUCGGUGACCAAUCAGUCGGUGGACUCGCUGCAAGUCGACUGCCUGGAGGGAUUCGACGGAGGUCUUCCGCAGGGAUUCAUGCUGGAGCUGGUCGAGUUGAACACGUUGCGACUGGCCAGGAACAUCACGGUUUCGCACACGCCAGUGACCUUUGUGAUAGACAACUUGGACCAGGCGGCCACCUACCGCAUGGUGAUAUUCGCCGUUAAUGCCAAAGGUCGUUCGGAGCCCACCAUAAUCGACGACAUCAACUUCAAGGGCGUGGCCAAGUUCACAGGUGCCUCCACCGGCCUCUCGAUGCCCCUCUCGCCGUUCCUGGCCGGACUGACCCUUUUCUGCGGCCUGCUGUUCGCCAUCUUCUGCAUCAUGCUGGCGGCCAUCUACCGGAGGUUCUCCAAUCGGCGCAGCGACAGCAACCUGAAGGUGGCCAAGCACACGCAGCUCACCAUUCCGGCGGACUGCCAGCUGGACCCGCUGCAUCCGGGCGGCCAGACGGACGGACCCGGCAACCACCAGCCGCACCACAGCCUCCUGCCCCUCAAUUGCGACGGUCGCAGCGCGGUCGACUGCUCCGCCCUCGGGGAUGUGGGCGUGGGCGGCGGGGGCGUGGGCCUCGACGGCGGGAUGAAGGGCAGCUCGCCCAUCGGCCUGAUGGCCAUGCCCGGGGACACACUCCGCUCGAAUGCCCGCACCCGGCACAGUCCCAUGGCCGAUCAGGCCGAUAUAGACGACACCGAUCCCGAUGUUAUACCAAAUCAGUAUGAAAAACGUCCGCUGAAGAGCUUGGUUUCCCCGCCGGGCUUCGCCAGCCCCUCGAAUCGCCUGAUGCAGCGCGAUUACCUCCGGGAAACGGAACUUACGAAGGGGGGAAGCGACGCGGGACUGGGGGCAGCGGAGGGGCUGUCCAGCAUCGGACUGAUGAGCAGCUCCGGGAACGAGGUGCUCCACUAUACCUUCCGGCCCAGCAAGCAGAUUAGCUACGCCACACUGAACAAAAAGGGCAUCACCACCUGCAGUCCGCCGUUGGGUUCGCUGAACUACAAUGUGAGCACCUCGACACCCUCGUCCUCGUACCACCUGACGCCCCAGCCCAUGGAGGUCAGUCUGCUGAGUCCUAACAAUCCGUCGGUGACGUCGUCGCUCAGCGAGUACCGAUUUCGCACCGGUCCCGAGAUCGUCACCACCUCGAAUCGCAUACAGGAAAGUUGUAUAUAAAGCUCUCACACCCAUACUUACUUCUGAGUGUACAAAAAACCAAAUGAUAUAGAGUGGCAAAUGUAUUAAUACAUGAGUAUCGUACCGCAUCGUAUCGAAUAAUAUCCUAGCAGCUAGACGUAUUUAUUCGCAUGGUUUGAGGAAAGACUUCUCCUAGCUCGUAAGCAUCUUGUGUACUUAAUGCAAUGCCAAAAGUGUAACUGCAAUACACUCGUUUUGUAAAUAAUCGUUGUCAUCUGUUGUUGUAAUUAAGCCCGAUAUGGAACGUACAUAUAUAUUCUCGUCGAGAGAGAGGAGCGAACGAAACUACUUCUAAAGAACAUAUCGUUUAACGUUUCACCCACACAUCAUAUCCAAUAUCCGAUAUCCUAUCUCCCGAAUACCUUUUACCUAUCCUACAUCCCGAGAUUCCCGCGAGGGUUCCGAUAAACAAACGCUGUCAACUUAACAUAUCGCCGACAUCCUAACGCUCGCUAAGCUAACCCGAGGUCAUUGUUGUGCGCCAAAAUGCAAAACAUUAAAAACAAACAAACUGAGCAGGCCGAUUGCAACUAAUUUACGCCAUAUUUAGUAUACCAAUAAACGUAUAUAUAUCCAUUUAAUCUGAACAGGACCUGCACUCUUCCAGAGUUCCCGGCAGAGUACUGCGGGAGUCGCAUUUGUGAGAAUAUCAUGUCCAUAUCCUCUAUGAAAGUAUUACCUAUUGAUUUUCGUUUCGAUUAACUCGAGUGUUUAAGUGUAGCUACCACAUACGUGUAUUUAACUAGAGCUAAGUAGUCCUAAUUAGCGGUCUAAGCGAAGUGUACAUACAUGAUUAUACAGCUGGGCAGGCAAGGAGUCCGGUACUCCAGUACUCCGGUACUCCUGUACUCCUCUACGCCUGCACUCCGGUUCACCGAGAUUCCCCCUGUAAUUUGAAUUUGUCUAACCGCUCCGAACCGACAACUGUAUAUAGUUCAUAAUUUAUUGUGAGGACGAAUUGCC